AACAAAAAUUUCUACAUAUGAAUAGAAUUCAUUUCAUUUAAUUGUAAUAUGAAAACAUUUAAAUCGAAUAUUCUAUUCAAAGCAUCUUUCGACCGAAUCAAACACAAACAUUUUCUUCAUCUCUUCAUUCUUCAACUCCCUUCUUCAUCAUUCUGGAUAUUUGUUAAGAUUCUAUACGGCUGACUAAAUAUAGAUUUGCUUUGUUGAUAUACUUUCUCAACUACAUAGAAUGAUGAGUCGCAUUUUUGUCCCUUUACUAUGUGAUGUAUUGUGAAAUAAAUGUCGAGCAUCAUUUUACACAAACCAGAUGUAAUCAUAGUCAGAGAAAUAGAAUUCUGUAUAAACAAUCUUCAAUUGAAAAUCGAGUGAAUCAAUCAUCAAUGACGACAACAAAUACAGAAGAAUUAAGCUUGUUCAACAAUUUAAUCGAAAUGGCUGCUGUUGAAGCAAAACAAAAACUGAACACUACAAUGAAAUCAUGAAUUGUGGACAUAAUGAUGAUUAUGAUGAAGGAUAUUCAUCGAAAUAUAAUUUAGAUUUGGUCGAUUUCAUGUCAAAUGAUGGUACGUCAUCAUUAAAUCAUCCAUCAAAUCAACAAAUGAUAGACAAAGACAAUUUAUCAUCAUCGCAUCGAUCCAUAAACAAUUCAUCGCAAAUUAAUUCAUAUAAUCCACAAUAUUCAAUGUUAAGUUUAUCAAAAAGUCAGAUUAGACCAGAAUUAUAUCAAUUGGCAUUCGAUGUUCAAAUGGAUCAUGAUGACCAUGAUGAGGAUGAUGAUGAUCAACAAGCGAGCAGUAGUGAUUGGUCAACAGUCAUCAUUGAUGAAUCGCCGAUUACAAGUUAUCCUCAACCGAUAAAAUCAUCGAAAUUAAGGAAUACGGAACCAAGAACCUUAGUAGUGACACAUGAUCCGAAAAUUGGCCAAAAUCGUACAGGAAUAUGGAUGACAAAAGCAACUCAAUUCUAUCCGACCGCUUCAUCAUUCAUACGUGGUACAAAUAUGGUUACAUCACAACCAGUUUGUUGCUGUUGUAUUAUGUGAAUUUUUGAUAAUUCAUCUGUGAUUAUUGACAUCUAUAUCUUUAAAAUUGACCACUUGUAAAAUUUCCUUUGAGAAAUAAAGUUUUUAAAUUAAAUGAAA